GUCAACAAGGAGGAAACUGUGAAGGACCCUUUUCCUGGACAAGUUAUGCUACACUUUCCUGGCCAUGUCUUACUUUGUGUAUGAUUUUGUGUCAGAGCUAGGGAGGUUCCAGAUUAAGAGUUUCCUGUGGUGAACCUAUGCAUCCGGACAAGGCUUAAACCCGAGACACCGGUAGAAUUUAGAGUGUCGAUAAAUAACCGAGUCGCCAUUUUGUUGUGAAGUGAUGGUGUAUUACUCAUAGAAGGUUAUCAACUGAGUCGGGCGACGAAAGGAACAUAUUUGGGCGUUGGUUUUGCCCUCCUCGAGAAGUGAAUUAUAUAACUACAUCAGUAAAGUUCAAACGCCAGGUUGUUGGGCUGGCUGAAAUGGGCGACACUCUAUUUUGUUUUACAUGCUGUAUUGCAGAACAACCACAACCAAAGCGACGACGGCGAAUAGACCCCAGUAUGAUUGGUCAGCCAACAGAUUUCCGUCACACCGGACACAUCGGGUCACGAGACAUAGGAAAUGGUGUAUCAUCCUCCAACAGCACGAUGAGUGAAGUGCAAUCACAGAUGUCCUCUAAAGGUGGAUAUGACCAUGUUUCACCAGUGAAUGUACAUCUUAAUGUGAUAGACCUGCCCCACAAACACAAUGGCACAGAGCUUCUGAGUUAGUGACAAAGAAAGAGACAGUGUAAAUAAUACAGGACGUCUUUGUGUGUAAAUAAUACAGGACGUCUUUGUGUAAAUAAUACAGGACGUCUUUGUGUGUAAAUAAUACAGGACGUCUUUGUGUAAAUAAUACAGGAUGUCUUUGUGUAAAUAAUACAGGACGUCUUUGUGUAAAUAAUACAGGACGUCUUUGUGUAAAUAAUACAGGACGUCUUUGUGUAAAUAAUCAUUGAUAGGUCGAGAUGGAAUGCGAGAGGCAACGUUCAGAACAAUGAGAGGAACAGCGAAUGGAAUGUUGAAUGUUUAGGUAGAUCAGAAAACUUUGGGAAGGACUUUUGAUAUGUAGGACAUCUCUGAGGGUUUGGAUGCAGGAAGUUUUCUUAAGGUACAUGGUGGAUAUAGGAAGUUUUCUGUGAAGAGUGAUUGAAAAGUCAUGGAAACCGUCUUCAACAUCUAACAUUUUAAAGAUGACCCAUACAGGAAAUCUUAAAUAUUGUAGGAUCUAAAAUGGAUUUUACCAGAUCACAUCUCAACAUUUUCUACCAUAUUUCUCCAUCAAUAAGUUAUAACAUUGACUUGAAGUGAGGAGUAUCAUUAUAGAGGACACUUAUCAAUUCUAAUUAUAAUCUCAUUAAACAGCAGUAGAUUGGGAUUAGUUGAUUGGCUCAUUGAUAUAAAGGAUAUAAAGUCAGAAAACAUUGUGUGAAGUAUAAAAACGGUAUGUGAAGCCCAGAAGGGAAUUCUUGAUAUCAAGGUUGAACCUGCUGUGAAAGGAAGCAAUAAAAUAUAGCAGUGACCACAAGAUACAUGGAUUGAUGAGGCUCCUCGUCUUCCCUGAAGUAUUCGUCAAUACUAAUCCUCAGAGAAGCCUGUCUACUGUAUGUGUUGUUACAUGUAAGGUUAAAGACAAGACACCUGUCGUUUUGACCAUAGUCACACUGAAGUAAAUAGUUGUACUUUUAGUUUCCUAAGGUUUACAGAUGUCCAAAAAGCCUGGUGCUUGUAAAAAAAAUCUAAAUUGAUCAUGUUUUGGAUUAUUUUAUUGUUUUCAUUAUUAAAAAAUGACUAUUGA